CAGCCAGCCCCUCACAAAGGCAGCACGGGCUCCACGAGAAGGCAGAAAUGAACCUGGACGCUUUGUUCCAGCAAAUACAGUUCACAGAGAAGCAGGCGAGGGAGAAGAGGCACUUCAUCCAGCAAGCUAAAUUUGACAUAAACAGAAGCUAUGAAAAAAUUAACCAAAUAAAAGAAGAGCUGAGCGCUGCAAAAGUUAACUUAGAAACUAAGGUCCAGCAUCUGUCUGAAAAGCAGUUCUACUUAGAAAUUCUGAAGAAACGUGAAGAUAGCUUAGAAAAACAGAAAGCUGAACUUAUUAAUCAGAAAAGCAGUCUUCUUAAAAUCUUGACAGAUGCAAAGAGAAAAAUUGCUGAAGAGGAAGAUAAUUUUACCAGAGAAGUAACAGAGUUUAACAAUGAAUAUGGACUAACAAGUAAUAGAGAUCUUUUGAUUAAAAAAAAAGUCAAGGCUGAAAUAAAGGAUUUAGAGAAUGAGGCAGCACUGCUGAAAAAUGAAAUGGAGUCAAUGGAACACAAAAAUGUUCAGUUAAAUGCACUCCAGCUGCAGAAGAAUGAGUUAAAGCAGGAUUUAUUUACUCUCCAAAGUGAACUCAAAGACCUUGAGAAAGUAAUCAGGGAGGCUGAAAGAAUGACCAAAGAUUUAGAAGCAGAAAAAGUCCAAGUAACUGAAAAACCUCAGACUGAUCCUGAAUGUUUAAGACUUAAGAAAGAAUUGGAAAAAUGCAAAGAUGAUAGUUGGGAAAGUGUCUGUGAGACUCUUCAAACAGAAAUUGAAAUUCUGCAAAUGAAUUUGUCACAAAAGAAGUCUUCAGGCAAGUGAAUAAUAUGUGACAUGUGAUAUGGAGUGUCACAGAAGCAAGUCUGAGUAUUUUGAAACUAUUUUAUUCAGGGUCUAUCAGAUUUGCAUCUAUUUUUUGUUUGUUUGAUUCCCAGUUUGUA